UUAAAUGGAAUUGGGAAGUUUUCUCAAUCUCUCUGGUGUUUGUUCUCCCAAUCUCUCGGUGUUCGUUCUCCUCAAUCUCUCGGUGGUUGUUCUCCUCAAUCGCGCCAUCACCAGCAUUGCUCCCGUAGCUUCCUUACCUUGAUUUGGUAUUCUAAUUUAGCUAGUGAAGAUUAGAGAGAGAAGAGGUCAUUUAUGGAAUUCAGGGGUGAUGACGAAGACGAAGAACUUUCUUCCGCUUCAUGGAGAGGGGAAGAAGAGGUCACCAGCUAGCAAGUUUGGAAAAUCUCAUCACAUGAUUCCGAUGAUUUGCUUAGAUCCCGAACUCCGUUAUAGUUUCCAGCGUAACUUCUAGGUCUCUCUUUCACUCGCUCUAUCUCUUUCUACAUUAUUAACGAAUAUGUUGCGGCAAUAUGUUGAUUUAGGAUAUUAAUUGUUGUUAGAGGGUAUGAAAUUGACAAAAAUAUGUUGUGAUCCGAAACCCUCCCUUGCUGUCCCUGCCGUCCGAAACCCUUUCUGAAGCCGCUCCCCUCCUACAGCUGUCGGCUUACAGUUUCAAUGAGAGCAGACCAAGGAAAACAUAUGGCAAACAGAGCUGUUUUCAAUCCAACAUUCUCCCUAAAUCUAUGGAUUGGGCUGGCUUAUGUUCUCUGCAGCGGUAGUUUAGUUGCUGCCUUGUUUCUAAAUGACAAACCUUCUGUUGCAUCUUCUGCUGCACUAUUUGGAUUGAUUAGCACUAUGCUUUCAGCUCUUGUCCAAAACUGGACAACUUACAACAAUAAGUUGACAGCUAUUGCAGUUUUAGUAUCUGUUUCGAUAAUCAAUAUUGUAAUGGGUCUUGCUGCUGUUUUCUUUUGGGAUUUGUGCUGCUGUUUAAACAUCAACUUGGAAAAUGACUCAAGGAAAAUGUGCUUUCUUUGAGUAUGAAGUAAAAUGUUCUGCCAAGUUCAUAUUCGUGGAAUUAAUGAUGGGGACUGCUGUGGCUGUUUGUUGUGGUGUUAAUAUAAGAGAGUAUUGUUG